UUAGUUCAAGGGUCGAUGAUACUCGAUAAACAGUUGACUGUCACUAGGUGUAAACGUUUUGUGAAUCUAAGUGAACUUUUACCAGUGAAUGUGAACGAUGUAACUAGUGAGUGUUUGGAAAGUGUAGGAGUAAUUACGUUUUCACAUAUGUUAUGGAGUCAACAUUUCCUUUCUUGUCGAUGAGAAAAUUUACCGAUUGGGACAUUUUUUUUUUUUAUAAAUUUCGUGAAACGAUGAGGAAAUAAGUGUUCAUUACUCUUAGGAAAGAGCAAAACUUUACUACCAUACAAAAUAUGGCCAGUGUUUUAGUGACAAUGAAAAUACUGUAAAUUAAGGUCUGACAGUAUCAGCACCUGAAUGAAAGACCUACUGCACAUACCCAGUUUCUGGAUAAUAAAUGAACCUUUUCUGAACGAGUGCACCAAAGAAUCAUUGAGGUACCAAUAAAUUACUCUAAAACAGCGCAUGUUUUGUUUACCAGUGACGGGAAGUAAUGAAAAUGCUAUAUUACAUUCAGUUAAAUGAUAUGAAAUAAAAUUUCUUGGAAAUGAAAUAGAAGCUUAUAAAGACAUAUACUGUGUGGACAAGAAUAUCGUUAAUGACUAUGAUACACUCGUCCUGCAUCUAACGAUCUUCGUUGAAACAGGAAAGGCCACUACACCUUCCCGCUCCCGCUGUAGUAUUAAUAUUAACCAUGCCCCUCAGUAAGAAGGCGCAGCGUGUGAUGGCCAUCACUCUCCUGAAUGUAAUAUAUUUAGGAAUUCUUGUGAUAAUAAUCCACAAUAACGACGCUAAGAUAACAUCAAGGCCUGUUAAAGGAUCUAUGAUGGCAUUUAAUACUAUCUAUCUUAAUCCAUCAUCAGAGGAUAUUGGCAGCUACAGAGGAGCGGUGAAAGUACCAAGUAGCAUUACAAGACCCGACCACAGAACUAAAGUAUCGAACAAGAAGACUAUUAAUAUAAUAGCUGGGGGUAACAGUCAUGAAAACAGUGAAGUAACGCUGAGUAACGGUACCAAGGGGAGAAUUUUGAAGGAAACAGAUAACAAUGAAAAUCUCACAAAAGAUAAUAAUGAUAGCAGCAAUGUGCAUAUAGAAGACGACAAAAGUAUAUCUGGCAUGAAUAAGUCUCAUUCAGAAAAGUUGAUGAAUGUGAGAGGUGAAACUAAGGAAAUUACCAUUCAGUCAAGCCUAAGAACACAAAGGGCGAUAGCUUCUCCAAGGCUCUUAGCGAAUCUCAGAGAAACGCACACUACAAUUUCAUCAGAAACACCAAGAAAACCAGUUAUUCUUGUAAGUUCCCUUCAAGAAGAAUAUGUAACCUCAUGUGUUGAAGAUCCACAUGCAUCAAAAACUUCUCACCUUAGAAAAGACGCUGAAACCCUUAAAACUUCGACUGUGGCGGCCACACCAUACCCCGACACCCUUGAUAGUCACCUCCAAGAGAAAGAUCAGUUAGAUACUGGAAACUUACUUCCAAAGACAAAGACAAAGACAAAAGUUCCACUGGCCAGUAUGAACUCCACUUCAAUGAGUAGUCCGUCAGCAUCCGGCGGUGUUUAUCAUCGUUUACCGUCCCCUGUAAUGCGUUCAGGAACAAAAAUUUCAACAUCUAAUGGGCCUUUGGAAGAGACCAGAGAUUUGGCGGCAGAUAAAACCUCAAUUCAAGCUGUAAACGUGCGAGCAAUUUCUGAAACCUCCUUGCAAAAGUUAAGAGGUUCUAUGGUCCAAGAAAAAUCUCGAGAAGUAAAAGUUCUGAAGACUGCUGCCACCUCUCUUCCUCACGCAGGAUAUAUAACGGACACUACCACCUUCCUACACAAAGAAGCAGAUCAAGUGGCUCCUAUGGAAUCCUCUUCAUGGACAAGAGGUCUUCAGGUUCCGAGUGUCAACUUGCUGAAAUCAACUAACUCAACAGAUCCUGAAAUUUUCCAUUCAAAAUUUACAGGCCCAUCGACCCCUGAGAACUUCCUAACAGAUGCUACAAUUCAAUCAGAUUCUCAAGCCACUCCUACACAUCCAAAAAAGUGUUUCCCUACUGAAGGUCACCUCCAAGAUGCAAAACCAGACGCUGAUCCUCGAGCCUUUCUUCCAAAAGGCUCCAGUACAAUUCCGAUAAGUCAUAUACUCCUUGACAUUACUGUCAGUAUGACAGGCGUGACCCUACAGGUGAACAAUGCUCAGGUAUACAGCGACCUCAACAACACUAUGUUUUGGGGCAGUAUGAAAGUUCGCCUCCACGCAGGUCUUCACCUGAUAACGCUGCACCAGGUCACAGGUCAGGUCAUGACAGCGGACUCCUACAUGACCUGGCAGGCCACAAGUGAUACCCAGUUCAUUUCUGCGUUAAAAGAAAUUCAAAACGGCCGCCUUUUGGUCAUCAUCGGCGCACCAGACUUCACGACCUACCUAGGGGAUGAGACGAUAGCCGCCUUGGAGGAGCUGGGCGCUCACUACAUAGACAGGCUGGCCUACAUGGACGUGUGGUGUCUGCUUGUGCACAAGGGAGAGGAAGUGGUGAAAGAGGCGCUCACCACCUCAUCCCCACAACACAACUCCACUAAGUUCGAGGUGUCGCCCCUGAGUAUCCAGGUCUCUGUACCUCGCAAGAAAGAGCGGCAGUGUGGGUGGUAUGAUAAGGAGGAGAUGCGGGAGCGAGCCACCUUCUGUGAGACUUACGACGGCUACGGCGACUUCUGCAGCUGUGAUGACCCGCCCUGGUCACCUCUCCCACACAACUCGGUGAGAUACAAACAUUAAAUAUCAAGUGUGCAAAAAUUACUAGUAUUUUGGGCUAUGUGUACACAGUAAAUUUUGAAAUGUCUGGAGAUGACACUUCUUACGCUAGUAUUUUUAGUACAAACUAAAAACUGUAAUGACACACUGGGUUAUCCUAUGUUAGCGUAUUGCCUAAAUUUGCAUUUCGAAACGAUGUCUUCGAAAUUA